GCUCCGCUCCACGCAGAGUCCCAUUCACCGUGCCCGGCGCUGCGGAUCCCGCCCACACCAUGCCGUGCCCGGGGUCCUUCACCGAGCCGUGCCCGGGGCCGCGCUCACCGCCGGGGCCGCCGCUCUCGGCUCCGCUCCGCUCCCUGUCGCGCAAGAUGCGCUCGUUGCUGCGCUGCGCGCCCCGACGGCUCUGCCCGCAGCCCGUGCUGGUGCUGCUGGUGCUGCUGGUGCUGGUCACGGAAGCUCCUUUGGGAGCGGCUGCAUCAGCGCUGCAUAGGAGGGACAAGGUGGAUCUGUUCGAUGCACGCAGGGGAGAGGAAGAGUUUUACCUCGUCCAGAGCAGCAAUAUCUACUGCAGGAAAUGCGCUGCAGGCACCUAUGUUGCAGAACACUGUAAAGAGCAGAACGGCUUCAGCAAGUGUUUGCCCUGUAAAGACAAUGAAUACAUCGAGUACCCCAAUGACCUCCCCGUCUGCUUCGUCUGCCGGACUUGUCGGGAAGAUGAGGUGGAGCUGAGUCCCUGCCGAGCCGUCCAGGACACACAGUGCGCCUGCAGGAACGGCACCUUCUGCUCCCCGGAGCACCCGUGCGAGAUGUGCCAGAAGUGCCGGCCCCGGUGUCCCAAGGGCGAGGUGGAGCUGGCUCCCUGCACGUCCUCCAGCGACCGCCGCUGUGGGCCUCCCACCGCCACCGUCCCCAGCCUCUCCACCAGCUCGAUCGUGAUCAUCUCAGUAACGGUGACUGUGGUCCUCGUGGGGCUCCUCUGUCUCUGGAAGUACUGCUGCUGCCAUUCCACAGGUGAGCACGGCCUCAUCCCACCUCUGCGGGCUCUGCAUGGGUGGGAAGAGGGGCCUGCUCUGGAGGAUGCGGGAUCACAACACUGCUUUCACCUUCCAGGGGACAGGAGAGACCUGAGCAGGAAGCCCUGCAGCGUGAUGGACUACCUGCUGCAGCGUCUGAUAAGGUUCCGGAGCAGGAACCUGGGGACUCAGGACAACAAUCUCAACAAGAGCUUCUCCCAGGGUCCGCUGCUCUCCAGGACCCCAGAAGCAGUGCCUCCCAGUGCUCCGGGAGCAGAGGUGCUGGGGCUGGGGAGCUCGCAGCCCACUGGGAAACCCAGGAAGAAACUGGUUCCGGUGGAAGGAGCAGAGCCUUAUGCCCGUUUGCAAAGCAGCUUUUACACCUUUGCCCAAAAGGUGCCCCACGAGCACUGGAGGAGGUUCGGGCGAGCCCUGAAUCUGCUGGAGAACGACAUUGCCCUGGCAGAGAAGGAGAGCGGGCUGGAGAUGUUGAUCGAGAUGCUCAAGAAGUGGCAGGAGAAAGGAACGAUCGACACGUCCGUGAACGCGCUGCUGGACACCCUGCACCAGAUCAGCCUCGGCGGCGUUGCCGAGGACAUCGCCUUCAAGCUGGUCAAGGAGGGAUCUUUCCAGUAUGAAGUGAGCUGAGGAGCAGGGCAAGCCCUGCAUCUCUCUGCUUCAAGCUGAGGCCACAGAUACCUCUAAGAACACUGGAGUUUUAUCUUCCUAUAGCUCUGCUGUGGCUCUUCGGUAGCCAUCGCACAGCUGGAGCCAGGAGUUGAUCCUCUCAUGAAAUACAAACUUCGUGGUCCUCUCUGCUGAAGCUAUGGGCUCCAUGUUGGUGCUUCCUUAUGAAAUCCAGGAUGGUGCUUGGAAUUCACUGGGUCAAUGCAAAGAGCCCUAAACUACUGCAAGCUGCCUCUGGCAUGGUCUCACUUGGGAGCUCUGGUACUAUAUGGAUGUCUUCAGGACCAGUGCAGAGAGGGCAGGAUGCAGGCAUCCCCGUGGCUUUUAACUGGAUCGUCCUUUUGGAGGGGGUUCCUGGCAUCAUGCAAUGGCUUCUGCUUGUAGGACAUUUCUAAGCUGGCCAGCAAGCUCAAUACUGUAUGUUCAGUGGGCAAGCAUUAACUGGGUUCUGGGGUUACCUUCUCAAAGCUGUUGACCGAACGCAUUGUAGGUGGUAGUGCUUCUGCUUGCUGCUAGGAAUCAGCUUGAAACUGGACUUUGAGGGGAGAAUGGGAAUGGUUUACAAUGGUGAUCCCUGGGGUUGCAGGCUCUGCUGUCCCUGUCUCAGCCAGCUUGGAAAGAUGAAUGCACUGAGGUCCGAGCACGACUCUGGGUACCGGCCAUGCAUCCUCCAGCUCGAUGGGCUGCUGCUCACGGUGCCUCUUGCUCUGGCUCUCACCCAUCGCUCAGGGACAACUUGGCUGGAAAACACAACUACUGCAUUACUGGAGCUGGUGUGUGCUGCAUCCCAGUACAGCCCAGCCCAUCAGGACCUGCCCUCCCCUGCGUGCUGGGAGAGCAUGAGGGGCAUCACCAACCCCUCUCUGGCAUCCCUCCCACUGCUGCCCAUUCUCCCCAACACUUAAAACCCCAAAGACGAUCAAGCACAAGCAGCAAGGUUGUAUUUAUGUAUUUAUUAAGUAAUGUAAACCUGUACAGAUCUUAACUUAAAAGCGAAUAUAAAAAUAGUGUUGUUUCUUUA